AUGGCGUUGACAACCCGGAUCUCCCUGACCGGGCCCGAGGCCACCGACCCAGAAGACUACUUCGGCGCCUCGCUGGGCGUCAUCUUCCCGGACGACGUGGCCAACCAGCACGGGGACGCCAAGCACGGCCUGCUCUACACCUCGCCGCACCUCCCGCACCCCUUACCGCUCGCCCUCGCCGACGUCCAGGCCGAGACCGACCGCACCCUUUUCAGCCACUACCUGUGGAACUCGUCCCUGCUCCUGGCCGAGCUGAUCGAGGCCGGCACGCUCGGGGUCGACCUAUCAUUAGACUCGAGCAUCGCACCGGCUGUUGGCCGGUUCAACGUGGCGGGGCUGAAGACGAUCGAGCUGGGGGCUGGCACGGCCCUGCCGUCUAUCAUGGCCGGGUUGCUGGGUGCGAAGAGGGUCGUGGUGACGGAUUACCCGGCGCCGGCGGUCCUGAAGACGCUCAGGGAGAAUGUGGCCGCGACGGUGCAGGCCCGGUUUGCUCCGGCGGGGAGGCUUGCCGUGGAGGAGGUGCUGGUCGAGGGCCAUGGCUGGGGCGAGCUGGCGAUGCCGUUUGCUCGAGGGAACCGGCAUGCGUUCGAUCGCGUGCUGGCAGCGGACUGUCUGUGGAUGCCGUGGCAGCAUGACAAUCUUCGGCGGUCGAUCGCGUGGUUCCUAGGGGAGGAUCAAGGGGCGAGGGCGUGGGUGGUCGCUGGGUUCCAUACGGGGCGGGCGAAGGUGCGCGGCUUCUUCGAGGAAGAGGCGUUGGCGGCGGUCGGGCUGGAGGUGGAGCAUCUCUGGGAACGGGACUGCGAUGGGAAAGAUCGGCAGUGGGUCUGGGACUCUGGCGUCGAGGAUGUAGGCUCGCGGAAGCGGUGGCAGGUCGUGGGUGUGCUGAGGAGGAUACGCCAGCGAGCAGGAACGGGAGCGGACUCAGGGGAGAGACCCUGA